AUGGAUAAGUUGGAAAAGAACCAAGCCGCCCUUCGCGAGGAAGUAUCUCAAGUAAGAGCACAAAUGGGACAACUAAUAGAAACGAUCCAAGCUGUCGCUCGUGGCCAAGAGAUAAUGGCCAAAAUGCAAGAAGAGAUGAAUCAAAGAGCUUACGCUACCAAUCCCAUUUCUAAUACCCAUCCUCUUGUCGUGGAAAAUCCGGUGCCUUCUCAUGGCAACGCACUAGUCCAUAUUCCUGUGGGUGCACCCGGCGGUGUCCAUCCAUUUAUCCUUAAUCCUCCAGUUACUGAAGUGGACGAUCAACAAGACGCUUUUUUUAGUCCAAAAUCUACCUCCAUGUAUGACGCCUUUGGUUCCCCAACCAACGAGGUGGAGAAGAAGGUUAAGGCCAUUGAAGAAAAGUUGAAGGCAAUGGAAAGCACUGACACUUUAGGUAUCGAUAUUGUAGAGAUGUGCUUAGUCCCUAGUGUGGUUAUCCCCGCUAAAUUCAAAGUCCCUAAAUUUGAAAAAUACAAAGGAGCCAGUGAUAGAAGGACCCAUAUCCGAGCCUACUAUCGUAAAAUGGUUGCUUAUUUUGACAACAAUAGACUCCUCAUGCAUUUCUUCCAAGAGUCAUUGAGUGAGGAAUCCUUAGACUGGUACAUGCAACUAGAAGGUACCCACAUUUGGACAUGGAGGGAGAUGGCUGAAGUAUUACUUAAGCAUUACUAA